UGUGUGUGUGUGUGUGUGGAGGAAUCUAGGAAGUAACCUCACUUCUCGACCAGGACGACGGGAGACGUCAGUCCUCAAAUUCUCUGAAAACUGUGACUUAUAUCACUCAUUUCGUGUCCGAACUGCCGGGAAGUUACUAUUUCAUCAUGUUUAAAAGCGAAUAAGCAGCUUUUUUGGGCUCACCUUUUUGGGCAGCACAGGUGAGGGAAACUUUUUUUUUAACCUCCUGUAGCCCAUAUUUUCAGUAUUUGGAAUUCGUCAACGCUCCCAAGUUCUCAAGAGAUUGUCCUGUUAUCCUCAAUUUUAGGAAUACUUCGGCUCUUAAGGAUGAACUGAGGGUUUGUUUUCGAAAGUGGAGACUGGCAGAAAGGUGGGGCUGUGCGUUAUGCUGAAGCCUGCCUGUACAUCAGGAUAUCAGGAUGAGCGCUACAGAUGGAGCCGGGGCCCCUGAGCGGGACGAAGAGGCCCGUGUCGUGCAGAUCUACCCCAGGCCGUCCCAGGACACAGCUGCCUACUGUCCCCUGCAGGUCAGUGGUGGGGACACGACAAGGACAGUCAUCCACAACGCCGUGGUCACGCUGGGCCUGGAUGCCUGCCAGAAGUACAGCCUGCUGGAGGUGAGGGAGAUCGAUGGAGAGGAGAGGUUACUGCGGGCUGGAGACUCCCCUUUGGAGCGUGUCCUGCUGUGGCCACCAGAGACGCAGAGGUGGCACCUUAAGACCCAAGGCUACUACUUCAUCCUGCAGCAGCAGCAGCAGCAAGCUAACAGUGGAGACGACCAAGUGGAAAGCAUCACAGAGGAAUAUGAUGAUCUUUGUAACCUCCAAACUGUGACUGAGGAGAGUAUCCUUGAAGCAUUACGCCAGCGCUUCUAUAAGCUUAAAAUCUACACCUAUGCCAGCAGAAUCCUCAUCGCCCUCAACCCCAAUAAGUUCCUACCCACUUACUACAAUCCCAAGUAUGUCAACAUGUAUGAGAAGCAGCCACUGGGCAAACUAAGCCCUCAUAUAUUCGCCAUAGCAGAUGUGGCCUUCCGGGCAAUGCUGAAGAGGCAGGUUAACCAGUGCAUUGUGAUAUCUGGUGAGAGUGGCUCUGGGAAGACUGAAAGCAGUAGUUACCUCAUCCACUGCCUGACCGCCCUCAGCAAGAAGACGUACUGCAGCGGGCUGAAACGAACCAUCCUCGGUGCAGGACCGGUGCUUGAGGCCUUCGGCAACGCCAAGACUGCAGAGAAUAACAACUCGAGUCGCUUUGGGAAGUUCAUCCAGCUGAACUAUCUGGAGAGCGGCGUCAUCAGAGGGGCAUUUAUUGAGAAGUACCUGCUGGAAAAGUGCAGAGUGGUGUCCCGAGAUAAGAAUGAGAGGAACUACCAUGUGUUCUACUACCUGCUCGUGGGAGCGUCCAAAGACGAGCAGGAGGAGUUUCACCUCCUACAGCCGCAGGAUUAUCUCUACCUCAAGCAGGAAGACUUCUCUUUAGAUGACGAGGAGAAUCUCAGGCAGAAAUACAAGAGGCUUCAUCAAGCCUUGGAGAUGGUCGGCUUCCUGGCCGCCACCAAGAAAUACAUAUUUUCCAUCCUCUCGGCGAUCCUUCACCUGGGCAAUGUGACCUUCACACUGUCUGAAGACAGUGAAGUCCUGGAAGUGGGACCUGAUGAAGUUUUGUCCUCACUGUCAGACCUCCUGAAAGUGAAAAAGGAGCUUCUGGUGAAGACUUUGACCAAGAGGAGAGUAGUGAGUGCCAACGCCUCUGUGCUUUCACAGUACAACCUACAUGAGGCCUACAGUGUGCGGGACUCCAUGGCCAAGUCUUUAUACAGCGUCCUGUUUGACUGGAUCAUCCUUCACAUCAACCAUGCAGUGCUGAACAGACAGGACAUCAAGGACUCUGUCUCUUGUUUGUCCAUCGGGGUACUGGAUAUGUUUGGAUUUGAGAACCUCCGCAUGAACAGCUUUGAGCAGCUGUGCAUCAACUACACCAACGAGAAACUGCAAUAUUACAACAACCAGCACAUCUUCAAGCUUACACAAGAGGUCUAUGUGUCAGAGGGCCUCACCUGGAAAAACAUCGACCACUCUGACAACAGUGGCUGCAUUGAGCUGAUCGGUGAGAAAGCAAGCGGACUCUUUAAACUGCUGGACGAGGAGAGCAGCCGCCCUCAGGCCACGGAUGAAACCUUGAUGAACAAGUUGAAGAGGCAGCAUCAUGACAGCCCGUUCUUCUCACCCGCUUCAGAUACAGAGUCAUCUUUUGUUAUUCAACACUUUGCUGGCAGGGUCAAGUAUAACAUCAAGGAUUUCCGGGAGAAAAACACUGAGCACAUGCGUCCUGAGGUUAUAUCACUUCUACGGAGCAGUGAGCGGUCUUUCCUGCAUCACUUGGUUGCGUCGAGUCCGGUGGCGCAGUUCAGAUGGGGAGUCCUUAGAGCCACCAUCCGCAUCCUCUCAGUGUUCAAAAACAUGGGACGCAAGCGGGCUGAACUGAUUAAAAGCAGACAUAACUCCCGGAUAUCUCUCAAAUGCAUGAGACAGCAGAGCAGUCCCAUCAACAGGCUGUCCAGCAACAGCCUGACCUUGGAUUUCUCCUUCGAUCGCUCUGAUGAUCUGUCUCUCGACGUAUUUGACAUCUAUACAUCUUAUGAGCAGAAGAAAAAGAGCCGAGCUGGUCGACAGAAGCAGCUGAUUCCAAAGAACCUCGUGAAUCUCAACUCAAUCCAACAUAUCGUUGGCCUGACUGCACAUGACCGAACCAGCAAAGUUAUCUUCCACCCUCACAGGACGACAAAGCCCCCCACAGUUAACGCCCAGUUCCAGGCCUCGCUCGGGAAGCUGAUGGAGACGAUGGAAAAAGCAGAGCCCUUCUUCAUUUUCUGUCUUCGCUCCAAUGCUGAGAAGAAGGAGCUCCAUUUUGAUGAUGAACUCGUGCUGCAGCAAAUCAAGUACUCCGGCAUAGGGCAGAUUGUUCACGUCCAGAAGUCUGGCUACACCGCCAAAUACACUUUUAAGGAGUUUGUAAAUAAGUUCAGAAUGCUGCUACCUAAAGGAGCUACGGCAACACCGGAGCAUAUAACAGAACUUCUCGUGAAGAUGGAGCUACACAAGAACACCUAUCAAAUCGGGAAAACACAGGUGUUCCUGAAGGAGAAGGAGAGACAACUGCUACAAGAUUCACAGAACAGAAAAGUGAUGCUUCACAUCAUUAUUCUGCAGCGCUGGUUCCGUGGCUGUCUGAUGAGGUUACACUUCCUGCAAAGGAAAGAUGCCACUAUGAUCAUACAGAGGAACUGGCGUGAGUUUUAUGAGAAAGAAAACAGAGCUGCUACAGUGAUCCAGACAGCAUGGAGGAGUUCCUUAAAGAAGUCAAAGCACCCACACGAGAAUGAGGGUACAGCACGGCCCGGACGGGACAGCUUGACAAAAAAAGAGUUGAGGAGGCAGAGCAAAAUUGAGAUGAGUCCCAGCAGAACCCAGCAGCCCGACCCGGUCAACGGCCAGUCUGCACAGAGAGACCGGAGCAGGGAGAAGCGAGAGGGCAGAGGUUCUCCUCCCCCUCUGAACAGACCCCUCUCCCUCCCACUGGACCCUAAAGGUUGCAGCAACGAUCCUUCCACCAGCCCUUCCAAGGCCAGCUCGCUACAGCGCUAUACAGAAAUGGGGGGCAUGAAGGAGAAGGCCGAGAAGUGGCGGGAAAGACAGAGCGAUGACUCCAGUCCAGAACUGCGGCGACGAGACAAGUCGAAAGAAGGAUUUCAGGGCAAGGGGAAGUCCAUGUCUGUUGAUGAACUAUCAAAGAUCAGCUCCUCCGGCUCUGAUAGCUCCCCUUCCACCAGCAAGCGGCUACCAGCGGAGCCUGAUGGGUCGAGGUUCAGUCUUCCACCCAGAGGAAACGAUGAAGAGUCCAGACAACAGGGAUCUCGCCAAUCACAACUCACAACUCCUGAGAGGAUCUGGUUUCUCAGUAAAUUCCUAAAGAAGCGUGCUCCUAAAUAUUCCCCCAACAAUGAAUCUCCUUCAGAUAAAACUGCAAUGACUCUGGGUAGCUACACUCCGCAUCCAUACCACAUGCCAAAGCAGGACAAUGAGCGGGUGAGUCAAAACCCCACCAUUCGAAUAAGCCGAUCCACUCGGGUGACGCAGUGGAACAAAUCUCUCGACCGAGAGAUCACCGACACCAAAGAGCUUCGAGACCUGGACGAAUUCCUGGGAAAUCAGGUGAAUGAGCUGCAAUCUAGAAUAAAAGAGCUGUCACCAACAGAGAAGAUCUUCCACACAUCCACCAUGCAGUUCAGAGAGACCAUCAAAGGCAUGUACUCGGUCAAGAAGCCUCAAAUCGGCUAUAAAGAUCUGAUGAAGGGCUACGAAAACAAGGUCGGUACGCUCGCAGGGCCCAAGCAGAAGUCUGAAGUCUCGCUGGUGGUCAACUUGUUUCAGUCUGUGCUGGACGGCUUCAUCAGGGGCCAGAUCAAACGAGCAGACUCUGAACCAAGCAAGGCUACAAAGACAACCAAGAAGAGGAGGAAAAAGGACACAUGUGUCAAUAGUCCUCUGGAUCAUCGGUUCAGCACUUACCAAGUCAACAUCAUGCAGUCAUGUGACCUGUGCGGCUCCUACAUCUGGGGGAUGGAGAAGGCCUACAUGUGCAGUGCCUGCAAGUUAAUAUGUCACAAGAAAUGCCUGGACAAAAUCAUCACAGACUGCUCGACACGGUGCGCCAGGCAGGAUGACAGUGUACCGGGCUCGCUGCACUUUGGGGUGCAGGUGUGUGUCCUCACCAGUAAAGCCAACCCCAUACCCAAAGUGGUGGAUUCCCUGCUGAUGCACGUGGAGCUCAACGGCCUCUACACGGAGGGAAUUUACCGCAAGUCGGGCUCAACCUGUAAAGCCAGGGAGCUCCACCAGAUUCUGCAGACCAAUCCUGAUGGAGUCUGUUUAGAGAAAUACCCGAUCCACACCAUCACAGGUCUGGUUAAACGCUGGCUCAGAGAGCUGCCGGACCCCCUCAUGACGUUUUCUCUCUACAGUGACUUUCUACAUGCUGCAGAACUGCCAGAGGAAUCGAAGAGGAUAAGAGCUGUUUAUCAAAAGGUGGAUGAACUUCCUCCUGCUAAUUACAACACGUUGGAGCGGCUCAUCUUUCACCUCGUCAGGGUUGCAAAAGAGGAAGAGCACAACAAGAUGACUCCAAGCUCUCUUGCUAUCGUGUUCGCCCCCUGCAUCCUUCGGUCACCUGAUGUCAAUGACCCUUUCCUUGGCAUGAAGGACGUAUCCAAAACUACAAGGUGUGUGGAGGUCCUGAUAUCUGAGCAGUUCAGACGCUACAACGAAAAGAUGCAGAAUAUCCAGCAGCUGGAAUACGCUGAGGCGCUGGCUGUCAAUCAGCUCAAACUGAGGAGACAAAACACGGUUGUUGAAAAGUCGUCAGAGGUGGACGCUCCAGAAUCGAUGCCUUCAGAUGAGACGGAGAGGACCCUCAUCGAUAGGAUCAAGUCCAUAAAGCAAGAAAAGGUGGACUUGGCUUGCAGGUUACCUGACCUGGAGCAAGACAACUCUGACAACUCUGACAACUCUGACAACUCUGACAACUCUGACAACGACAACAUGGACUCGUCAUCGUGGAUGAGCACAGAGAGCCUCGAAGGCCAACUGGACAGCCAGGACUCGGAAGGAAAAGUGACCAUGAGAAUUAAAACCCAAAAACCAGACUGCCCACCUAAACCUCCUGACCUGGCGCAGAGAGUCAGAAGUCUAAUGGCUCUGUCAGGUGAUAACCAGAGAGAGUUCACACCAGGACAAAAUAAAACAGAUGUUACCCGACACACGUGCUUCCUGCCUAUCCAAGACAAUCCCUCACCAAGUGACAGGCCGCAGGACACCAGCAGGACUAUCAAUAUGAGCUUUGACGAUCUAGAGAUCCCUUACAUCGAUGACGAUGAAGAUCUAACCUAAACAUGAAACAACAAGCUGUAAACUUUUUCAUUAUGUGUUAAAAAUUGUAUGGCAAAAAAAGAAAGUGUAAACUUUGUUUUAUAGAUUUACCAAUGCUGCUACAAAAACAGUGCUUUGAGAAUGUGUUUGUAUUUAAUGGGAGGUUGUAAAGACCGUCUCUUCAGGGCGUUCAUGGCAGAUCCGGACCCAACAUCAAGGACUAUUCUGCCUUUUUUUUCUUUUUCUUUAUUAAACUAUGGAAACAUGUGAUUUUAAUCCAUUUCAGAAUUGUACAGUACACAGUUUAUAAUGGGAAGGUGUUUUGUACCAGUCAUGUGAAGCGGUGUGACAAGUUUGUUUCAUCUAUUGAGAAAAACAGGACAACACGAUGAGGAGCAAUUGAGGACACAAGCACCUCUUUUGCAGAAGGACUUCAUUCUGGCCUGAACCAAUGUGGUACUCAGAGGAGGUUUUGGCCUUUUUAUGGGGAAAAACAAAAGUUGUAAGUGUACCAUAAAAUGAGAACUCCUCCAUCGCAGAGGGCAGCGUUGUAUGAUGUGCCUUCAUUGAGUGCAUUUUAUUUUUACCUUUGAAAUGUUUUGUGUUGUUGUUCUGUUUCCUGUGGUACAAAUCACUGCUGUGACUGAGCGUUCAUUCAACACACCUGUAAAGGGAAUGCUCAUAAUGCUGCCAAACCGACUGAAAAUACUCUCCUUUGUCACUUUUAUAUGGUAUUGCAAAGCAGUGCAGUUUCACCAAGUAAAAUUUUGUCUAUGCAUGUAGAUUUUCUUUUUUGAUGUGCAUGCCUGUACUUUUAUAUGGGGUAUGAAUAAUGCGUAUGUAGGUGAACAUUGUCCAAGUUUGAAUACCUUCAACUAAAAUAAACUGACAGUGUCCAAUGCCUCUUGCUGUAAUAAAAUAAAACAUAUUUA